AACUUGUAAAAAUUUCUCACACCCAAUUAUCCUUCUCUCUCUUUCUCUCUCGUCAACUCUUCGUUAAUUACAAUUCAACCCCUCCAAAACCCUUGAAUCCGAAAAGGCACCCCAAAUCGUCACCGGUACACUUCCGCCUUUCCUCAAUCCCAACUCCGUUCACCUUUCCGGCUUCAUUCCUCUCGUGAAUUCUCAAAUUCCAGGGCCCUCAUAUCCCCGGCCUCUUUUUUUCCGAGCUCAACGAACCCUAGGGUUUCCGCGAGCAGAGUGAGUGAGCCAGUUGGAGUUGGACUGUAAGCUUCUGAUUUGAUGGAGGCUACGGCCGCCGCGCGCGGUGGUUCGAUGCCGGCGAUGACGCAAGCUCAGACUCGCAAGCAGUGGCGCGCCGUCUCGGAGCAUCAUUCGGCUCGGAACAUCGGCGACGAGGAGCUGGAGCGAUCAAAGUUAGGCCAUUCUGAUGAGAGAACAAUAUAUGAGGUGCAGCAGGGAAGAGAGCCAGUUGAUGUAGACUUUUGUUCGAUCUCCAUAGAUGGGACUUUGGACCAUGACCUCUUGCAGCAGCGGCUUCAUGAUGUUGUCAGGCAAAGAGAGGAACUGCAGCAUAUGGAGACUGAGCUUAGAGCUCAAAUGAUUGCAAGAUCUGAGAUAAUGGAUAUACAAAAUAACUUUGAUGCUCAACUGAAGGAGCAUGCUAAUGCUGCUUCCAAGCUUCAGGAGCAACUCCAUGAAAAGGAGCAGGCCAUACAUGAUUUGGAGAGGGAAUUGGAAGAAAAAGAUAGAGAGCUGCAUGCUACCAAGUUAGAUAAUGAAGCGGCCUGGGCCAAAGAGGGCCUUCUUAGAGAACAGAACAAAGAAUUAGCAACUUUCAGAAGAGAGCGUGACCAUUCAGAAGCUGAAAGAGCCCAGCAUAUACAGCAAUUACAUGAUCUUCAAGAACAUAUUCAAGAAAAAGAGAGGCAACUUAUUGAGUUGCAGGAACAGCAUAGGCUUGCUCAAGAAGCCAUUCUAUUUAAGGAUGAACAAUUGAGCGAAGCCCAAGCUUGGAUCACCCGUGUUCAAGAAAUGGAUGCUUUGCAGUCAACUACACUUCAAAAUCAGUUGCGGGAACAUUCAGAACACUAUAAUCAGCUCUGGCUUGGUUGGCAAAGACAGUUUGCUGAAAUGGAGAGACAUCAUAUGCAUACGGUACAACAGCUUCAGCUUGAGUUAGCUGAUGCCAGACAAAGAAGUGGAACUUACACUGAUGAAUCACGUGCAGCAAAUUCAACUUCAAAGGAUGCAUCUCAGUUUGGUCGGAACAAUGGAAACCAGAUUGAUAUAAAUACGUCAAAUGGAAAUACAGGGGCCCUCCCAAAUGGGAAUUCACAGGACGUUUCAUCGUUUUCUUCAACUGUCAAUGCAUCAAGUCAGGUUGACUAUGUUCCUAGUGUUCCAAUUGGUCCUUCGUCUCUACUUGGGAUGCCUCCCUUUCUUCCACCUGGACAGGUGACUGGUAUGCAUCCAUUUGUCCUGCAUCAACCUGGGGUUCCCCAUUCCAUGCCACCACAGGUUCCUCAAUCACAUGUGGGGAAUUUUCACUCAAUACCUGCAAUGUCAUCUCUUCAACAGUGGCAGAACCAACAGGCUCCGUCCGAGAGUUUGCAGAUAGCUACACAAACUGAACCUCCAUCUUCCCAAAAUGAUCAAAACCUGAUUAGAUCAGAUGCAAAGUAUCACUAUGAAACUUCUGUUAAUGGGCAACCAUUUCAUCAAGACUAUUUGGAUGUUCAAAUUCGCGAAGGGGCAGAGCCUGAGCCUGUGAUAUCAUCUUCCCCCGAGGAAGCACAGGUUCUUGAGUCAAUUAAUAGCAGUUACUUGGUCUCACCCCAAACUGAUCAGAGCUUGCAACAAAUGUCUUCCCAAUUUACUGAUUCUUUAAGAUUAGAUUCUCUUGAGAAGAGCAGUGAAACCAAGGCACAUGAGCAGAAUGUUCAGACCUUGAUCGAUCAUGGGUUGGAUGGACAAGUUUUAACGGCUGAGAAACCAAAUUCUGCUACCAAGUCCUCAAAAUCUGACACUCCAAUCCAUUCAGUCAAUCUCAAUGAAAUUACAAUAAACAAUUCCCCUGGUACAGGUUUGCCUGAGUCCUUUGUCUCAACUGGACACACCAAUGCACCAUCAGUGGGUAGGACUUCGGAGACUGCUCUUCUAGAUGAAAGGUCAUUGUUGGCUUGCAUGGUUCGGACAAUACCAGCUGGUGGUAGAAUUAGGAUCAGUUCGACGCUGCCGAAUAGGCUCGGGAAGAUGCUUGCACCUUUACACUGGCAUGAUUACAAGAAAAAGUAUGGAAAGCUAGAUGAUUUCGUUGCUGCUCAUACUGAACUAUUUGUGAUUGAGGGGGACUAUAUUCAGCUGCGUGAAGGAGCUCAAGAGAUGAUAGCAGCUACAGCCGCCGUUGCCAGAGUUGCUGCUGCUGCAGCAGCAUCAUCCCCCUACUCUUCAUGUUUGCCUUCUGUGGCUGUUACUCCAGUGGCACAGACUCACCGCUUAAAGAAGAUAUUAUCUCUUGAUUCCAAAAAUGUGGUUACUUCUACUCCAAAUGCAAAUAAUGCUCACUUGCAGUCUGUGAAGCAGAAUCAGCAAUUAAAUGGUGUAUCUUUUGGUGUUUCGGGAGGUAUGUCGAACGUAAAAAUUUUGAGCAAAUCCAAGGACAUGAAUGGGCCUGAACCUACUCCCAGCCAGUCAUCUGUACUUCUUAAUGGUGGAAAUGGAGCUCUGGACAGGUCAAUGGCCAAUGGCCGGCCGAGCUCAAAUUUUGUUGGGAAACAGCAUGGCAGGAUGACUAAUUCUGCAUUUACCUCCAGAAGAUAGACUUCAGGAGCAGUCACACCAUCUUUUGCCCCGAAAGUGUACUAGUGUGCGGAUUAGAGGCUUAUUUUGGGAAGUUAUACUGGAUGUGGGGAAAUUAUGUUGUGAAGAUUGAAUCUGUUUCAUCAAUAUUUGCAUCUCAUGGGAUUCGCAGAUUGGAUUUGUGUGUUGCCUUUUUUUUUUUGGUUAAAAAGCUUUAGUUUUUGCUGUGUUUUAUCAUAGUCAAGACUCCACAGCCAACUGUCUGAAGUGAUAUUCAUGCACAAAACGGCUUCUGUUCAUUGA